GAGAAACAUUUGGAAAAAUUUGAUCAGUUUUUCAUUUAUAUUUCCAGUUUAAACAGAUAAGAGAAAAAUUCCUGCAGCAGGUUUAUCAUCAGUAGAACCAUCAAAACCAUCAGAACCAACAGAACCAUCAGAACCAGUGGAUCCAGUGGAUCCAGUGGAUCCAGUGGAUCACCUGCUGCUCUGCUCCUGUCAGGUCAAUCUGCCCGGUAACAGGUGACGUCACCAGGUGAUUCUCCGUCUGGUUGCAGCUUCAGGCUCUCAGUUCAUCUCCUGACCUGCAGCAAUGAGUCGCUCUCUGGUUCUGCUCCUGGUUCUGGUUCUGGUUCUGGUCCAGACUGCAGUUGGCUUCAUGUGUCAGGAAUUGUUCCUCUGCCAGUUCAACUCCUCUGCGCUGCAGGACGUUCACUACAGAUACUCCUACGUCUACAACAAGGUGGAGUUCAUUCGCUUCGACAGCCAUGUUGGAUCCUUCGUUGGUCUGAACUCGUUUGGUCAGAAACUGGCAGCAAACUGGAACAACGGCAGCGACUGGCUGAACGUCAUGAAGAAACCAGAUGGACAGAUGGACAGAGAGGCUCUAUGGCUUAAUGGAGCCAACAUGGCGGUCUGCCGCUUCACGUUGGGGUCUGGAGAGACGAUUUCCUGCCUGGUGGAGCAUCUGAGCUUGAAGGAGCCGCUGAGCAUCGACUGGACUCCGCCCCCUGGUCGACCCAUGCCUGAGUCGGAGAAGAUCAAAAUUGCAUUUGGAGUUCUAGGACUGAUCGUGGGUCUGGUUUUGUUUCUGACUGGAUUCAUCUACUACAAGAAGAAAGCAGGAGCUCUGCCUCCCAUCCUGUCCAUGAACUGAGGAUCAGAACCGGACCCAGAGAACCGGAUCCAAAGAACCGGACCCAGACAUCCGGACCUGAAGCCCGGUUCUGAUCCUGAUCUUCAUCAUGAAUCUUCACUGAAGCUCCAGAUAAUCAUGUUUAGAGUUAAAAUGUUUCAUUUUCCUCCAGUUUUCAGCUCCUUCGUCUCCAUGAUGCAGGAAAACAUUUCAUGUAAAGUGGAAAAAUCAGAUCAUAUAAAUCUGUUUAUUAUUAAUAAUAUUUUUUGUCAUUUUG